GUUAUUUCAUUUUCAACGUCCGCCUUUUCCAUUCUUCAUUGCGAGCACCCGAAAACGAUAUUUAGUACAAACAAUACCGUCGCAAACGCUGUUUAUGAGAACGAGCCGAUGUCCGACGAAGAAGUUGAGAAGGAAUGUCGACUUUGGGCGCAACGAUUUCCACAUCUCAGGUGAGAUGAAUUUCUUUUUAUGUGAAUCGUUUAAUCAGAACGUUCAGUCGGUUUUUCUGUUUCAAACGUUCAAGCAAUAUCGACGAAUGAGAUCUAAAUGUGUUUGGUAA